AUGAGUGAAUCUGCCGAGCCAGGUCUGGACCUCACGCAAACACCGUGCGCAGCAUGCGGCGAGAUUUCGACAUCCAAUGCGACGGCUGCGAAUCUUGGUACCACAACCGCUGUGUGGCUAAAGGAAAUGGAGGAAAAUCGAAAACGGCUGGAACAAGAAAUGAAAGCGGAGGCGGUGCUAAAGAGGAAAGAAAGGGAGAUAAAGCGAGCUCUGGAACAGAAGCGACUGUUGCUCGAACAGCAACUUCGUGAGGAGGAAGAAGAAGAGGAAUAUGCUCGUCAGGAACGAGUUUUAAUAGAGAGAAGGAUGCAGGUUCGGCGAAUGAAAGAACGACAUGAGGAGUUCCGGAACGAGAUUGCAAGCCUAGACGAAGAGAUGCAAAAGCUGAAUGCGGCUGGGAAAAAGGUCGAAUCGUUGUCUUCGGUCGUUCCAAUACCAAGCAGUUCCGGAAAGCCGUUGAAGAUACCGAAAGCCUUUGGAAAACAACAGUCCACCGAGCAAAACGAAAACGACGAAGAAGAUGCGUCCAGUGAAGACGAAAGUUCCAGUGAAGAAGAAGAAGACGAAAACGGCGAAGAUGUAGAGGAAGAAAAGUCUGAAAAGAUCAAGCCGAAAGACAAAACAGACCAAACGAACCGAAAUAGGCAGGGGCAGCAGCGAUCGGGGCCGACUAAAGCUCAACUGGCGGCGAGAAGUGGGGUCACUAAGAAACUUCCCACUUUCUCAGGAAAACCGGAGGAAUGGCCGCUGUUUUACAGUUCGUUCCAAGUUUCCAACGAAGCGUGCGGGUUCAGCGACGUUGAGAACCUAGUUCGACUUCAAGAAUGCUUGAAAGGUCCAGCCUUGGAAAUGGUACGUGGACAAUUACUUCUCCCGAAAUCGGUCCCAAAAGUCGUCGAGAAGUUGCGCAUUUUGUACGGUCGGCCGGAACAACUUCUGCAAUGCCAUCUUGAGAAGGUUCGGAAGUUAGAGUCGCCGAAGGCGGGAAAACUGGCCAGCUUCGUUCCCUUUGGGACCGCAGUGGAGCAGCUUUGCGAGCAUCUGGAAGCAGCUGAGCUGAAGCAGCAUCUGGUGAAUCCACUACUGAUUCAGGACUUAGUUGAUAAACUUCCCGACAACGACAAGCGUGAGUGGGUGCGCUACAAACGCGGCAAAAAGCGGGUGACACUACGGACCUUCACCAAUUUUAUUUCGGAAAUUGUGGCGGAGGCCUGCGAAGCAAACGUGUGCCUGGACUACAAGCCGCUGAGCAAACCCGUUGCGGAAGUUCAGCUAGGAAAAGGAAGAGUCAAGGAGAAAGGUGCGGUCUACAACCAUGGCGAGUACACGAGUGGGGCCGGCAACGAAGAGCGGAAGAAGCAAAAGCCAUGCAGGGUGUGUGAGCGCACGGAUCAUCGAUUACGGUACUGUGAAGACUUCAAGAAGCUGCCGUAUGUUGAUAGGAAGAGGAUAGUUGAUCGUUUCAAGCUUUGCCAGGUGUGCCUCAACGAUCACGGAAUUGCCCAUUGCAAGUUUAAACUGCGAUGCAACGUCGGUGAGUGCAGAGAAGCCCACAAUCCUCUCCUACAUCCGGUGCAAGGCGUAGUGAGCGCUCAUAUUCGGGCCGACAAUGUAACGUUUUUCCGGAUGAUUCCCGUGAACCUUCAUUGCGGCGAACGGACCGUUACAGUUUUGGCGUUCCUAGACGAGGGAGCAUCAGUUACGCUAGUGGAGAAAAGCUUGGUGGACCGGCUGGGAGCUGUCGGCGUCGCGGAGAAGCUCACGAUUAAAUGGACUGCCGAUAUCGCACGAGUGGAGAAAGAGUCCCGGCGGCUGAACCUCUGGGUGUCAGCGUUAGAUGCGGAUGAAAAGCUUUUACUGAAAACCGUGCGUACAGUUGGGAAAUUGAUGCUGCCCCAACAAAAACUGGAUGCUGAAGAACUUUCGAACCAGUACGCCUACAUGCGCGGACUACCUAUCCCGUCGUACAACGGACGGCCGGAAAUACUUAUCGGGUUGAACAACAUCCACACGUUCGCCCCGAUUGAGGCGAAGAUUGGUUCAGUAGCGGAUCCGAUUGCAGUGCGAUGUGAACUCGGCUGGACAGUUUACGGCCCGAGGCAAACAAAUACUGCUGAAGCGAGCGAAGCUUACCUAGGUGUACAUCAAGACGUCACCAACGAAACCCUGUACGACCUCCUUAAAUCCCACUACGUGUUGGAGGAAUCAGUGGUAAGCGUGCCGCGAGAAUCUGUUGAAGAUGAAAGAGCGCGGAAGAUAUUAGAGCUAACCACCAAACGAAUCGGGGAUCGCUUCGAGACUGGACUUCUUUGGAACACAGAUGAUCCGACGUUUCCCGACAGCUAUCCGAUGGCCUUGAAAAGGAUGAAGCAGCUGGAGAAGAGGCUGCUGAAGGACAUGGAACUACGUCAAAACGUCCACCGACAAAUCGAAGAGUACCUGGAGAAGGGGUACGUUCACGUGGCAACGGCGGAGGAACUCGCCAACACGGAAACCGGUAAAGUACGGCUCAUUUGGGAUGCUGCUGCUGCAGUACACGGGGUGUCCCUCAAUUCCAAAUUGCUGAAGGGACCAGACAUGCUUGUACCUCUGAUGUCCGUUUUAAUCGGUUUUCGAGAGCGCGGAAUCGCUGUUGGUGGUGAUGUGCGUGAAAUGUAUCACCAGCUCAAAAUGAUCGUUCAAGAUAAGCGCUUUUUACGAUUCCUCUUCCGCAAAAAUCCUCAAGAUCCUCCAAGUGUCUAUAUCAUGGAUGUUGCCGCCUUUGGGUCGACAAGUUCUCCUUGUUCAGCCCAGUUUGUGAAGAACCGGAAUGCGGAGGAGUUCGCCGGAAAAUAUCCGGAAGCAGCGGCGGCAAUAAUACAUCGCCAUUACGUCGACGAUUACUUCGACAGCGUCGAUACUGUUGAAGAAGCCAUAGAUCGAGCGAAGCAGGUGCGGUACAUUCAUCAACGAGAGUCUAGAAGUUCACUUACGUCGGUCCACUUCACCCAGGAUAAAACGACGAUGCAGGAACGCGUGCUGGGAAUUAAGUGGAACCAGGCCGGUGAUGAUUUUCCUUCUCCACACAGCUUCGUGAAGAGCUUCUUCCUUAUUUGCAUGGAGACAAACGAACUACUAAACGAACAGUACUCAGCUACGUCAUGA